AUGAAAUUAGUCAUUAUAUUAGCUGUUUUAUACAGUUGUGUUUAUGCUGCUGAUGAUCCUGCUGCAACUACCCCUGUUGCUGCAGUUGGUGCUGUUGCUAAUACAGAUACAAAUACAAAUACGAUUGCAACUACUCCCGGUGUAGCCAAUACAAAUCCAAAUACAGCUGUGACUCCAGUUACAACUCCAGUUACAAAUACAGCUGUGACUCCAGUUACAACUCCAGUUACAACUCCAGCUACAACUCCAGCUACAACUCCAGCUACAACUCCAGCUACAACUAAUACUGCAGCUAAUACUGCAACUCCAGUUACAACUCCAGCUGCUGCGACGACAAAUACAGCGGUCACCCCAGCUGCUGCAAAUACAGCUACAACCCCAAUAACUUCAAAAUCGUCUUCAUUAACUACUGGAACAGGAUUAACCUCAUCAGCUACAACCCCAGUUGAUCCAGCUACUUUAACAGGCUCGGAAUUAAUUCAAUAUCAACAAACAGUAACAAUGAAUUCAGCUGAAAUUCAAGCAUAUUUAAAAACAGCUGGAAGUUCAUUAUCCGCUUCAAGUUUAAAAUCCUCAACAACAGGAACAGGUUCAAGCUCAUCACCUACGGUACCAGUCAAUCCUGCAACUUUAACUGGCUCAGAAUUGCUACAAUAUCAACAAACAGUCACCAUGAACUCAGCUCAAAUUCAAGCAUAUUUGAAUACUGCCUCGUUGGCAAGUGGAACAAGUGCUGCUACUAAUACUGCUGGUGCAGCAGCUACUACUCAAGCUCCUGGUGCUAAUACAAAUACAGUUGAUGAUACUACUAAAGGCUUGACUUUUGUCACUACUAGAGUCUUGAGAUCAACUUCAUCUUCAAAUGAUGAUAGUAAUGAAACUUCUGCUGUUGCUUCUAGUCAAACUGCAAAUGGAAGUAAUCAAACAUUGAUAAAUACCUUGAUAUUAGUCGUUUCAAUUUUAUUCAAUUUGUUUUAAUAUACAUUUUUUAGACUUGAAAUUUUACUUCGAAGUACUCUGCUAUUUUUUCGGGAUUCGAUCAGCUGUAAAACUUCAACUUUAGAUCAUUAGGAAGAAUAAAACCAACUACUUUAAAUCAUAUUCAAAUAUGUACUCUUCUAACCAUUUAAGAUGUUUUAGAAUGUAUAUCGUCUUUAUUUUAAAAUUUUGCAGCCAAAUUUUUUGCAUACAAAUUAUCGCUAAGCGAAAAUAAAAAAAAUUUAAAUCUGAAACUUUUCAAUGUUUAAAUUAGGAAUACGAAGAGCAUCUAAUCCUCAACUACUAACUCGUUGUAAUUCAACAGUCAAUCCUUACCUGUAUAUAUCACAAUACUCUCAAUUACAAAGCCAAAUUAAACAAAAUCUAAACUCGAAUUCAUCACAUGAAGAAAUAUUAGCUGCUUUAGAUUCAAUCAAAAAUUUAGGUAAAAAUUAUACAAUUCAAGAUUCAGUUACAAAUUCAAAAUAUAUAAAAGAGGGAAACAAGAUCAUAGAUGAGAUAUUCACAAUAACGAAAAACCAAAUCACUUCGGAUUUUCUUAAACAAAUUUUCUUAUUAAAUUUACCAACUUUAUUAAAUCUCAAAAUCAUUAAUGAAUUUUAUUCACAACAUAGAGAUGCUAACAUCCCUAAAGAAACAGCAUUAAUUGCAUUACGACAUGCUAUAUACGAUGCUGAUUUUCAAAAUGCUAUGAAAUUGACAGAUAUGACUGUUGGACAUCCAAAUUACAUCUCCACAAAACUGAAAGAGUUAAAAUCAAGCAUAUGGAAAUUAUUCAUCACCGGUGGUCUCAUCACAGUUUUCAACAAAUUUGGAACUAAUACACUUAUUGAUUCCGGUGUUAUCUCACAUGCAUGGGAGCAUUUAAACUCAUUAAAUUCAAUUAUUUUAACAUAUAUUUUAAAUUCUGGAUUUUUUAUUACGAUUGUCAAACUAGGAAGACAAGUUAUAACUAGUGGUGGUGAUAUAUUGACUUGGCAAAAGGGUACAUUUUAUAAUCAUUGGUUUAAACAUGCUGAUGAGAUGUUAUUUGCCAAGAAGAUAAUUGAAGCUGAUAAAGAAUUAAACCAAGGUGAUUCAACACCUAAAAUCAUUGAAGAAUUAUGUAGACAACAGCCAAUAACUAGAGAGAGUCACAAUGGAUUAAGUUCAGGGUAUGAUCGUAAUGGGAAUAAGAUUAGACUACUUACAUUAAAAGAUGAUUUGACAAAAUUGAGAUUUCAAGCUUAUUGGAUGUCUGGAGGUGAUGGAUUUGAAUGGACUGAACCUGAUCAAGAUCCAGCUGAAAUUAAAUGGAGAAAGCAUUUGAAAUUAUUUGAAAAGAAUGAAUUACCAAAGGGGAAUACUACAACUUUGAUAGAUAAUGUAUAA